CAGCCCGGCCGGAGCGCCGCCCGGUUUCCCUAAACCUACGAACUACCUUCCCGCCGUCGAUCUUCCCCGUGCCCUCGGACGCUGCCGCAUGCUGCUGGACAGGCUGCUGCAACAUGAGGACGGGUGGGUGUUCGCCAAGCCGGUGGAUACAUACGAACUCGGACUCCGCGACUACUACUCCAUCAUCGCCGAACCCAUGGAUCUCGGCACUGUCAGCCGCCGCCUUGAAUUGCGUCGCUACCCGAACCUGCUCUGCUUUGCCAAGGAUGUCCGGCGUACCUUCAGCAACGCCAUGACCUACAACAACAAGGGAGACGAUGUGUAUGAGAGUGCUGCUAAGCUCUCUCGCAUCUUCGAGUCAGGGUGGGCCUCCAUUUUGGCGGCGCUCCCGUCGCCGCCGCCGGUCGCCGUGCGCAGGGCAAGGCUCAAGGAUGAGUUGCCGCGGCUGCCGGUGGACUUGCAGGACAAAGCGGCCAUCAUUAUGACAGACAUAGGCGGGUGGAUCCAGGAGGUGGAUGGGAGGGUUGAGGUGGAUUUGGACAAGGCCGACGAGGCGACUCUUGACAAGCUCGAGUGGCUGCUCGCUCUCGCCACCAUGAGGAAGGAGGCAGGAGCGCUGGAUAAUCAAAUUUGAUGUGGCGCUGCAUGAUUUUACCAGCGUCAAUUGUUUCUCGGUUCCGGAACGCUGUUGACUUAAACAUCGCUUCCCUCUUUUGCGAAUGAGUAUCAGCAUGAUUUCUAAGUGGCUGUAACAUCGCUAGCCUAGAUAUCCCUACUCUGGAUUUGUAUGAAUACCCCAGUGUCAGUGUGGUUGUAAUUUGGGGGUUUGUAGCUGGUCGGUUAUUCUGUCUGUUGUUAUAUUGGAAUUAGACUUUGAACCUGUGAUGAUACUGAAGAACUGCAAGGAUGUGUGGAAGUCAUGUUGUUCGAUUGUUCAUUAAAUAUAUGAUUUUGUGGGCGGAUUUUCUGCCAUGAA